AUGCCUGCCAGAAACAAGGAACAAGAACAGGAAGUUCUAACUUGGAUAAGUCAAGUGUUGGGGGAACCUUUACCUAAUGGCGCUUAUGAAGACAUUCUUAAAGAUGGCGUCGUACUUUGCAAGCUAAUCAACAAGCUGUCUCCGGGUUCGGUGAAAAAGAUCCAAGAAAAGGGAACUAACUUUCAGCUAAUGGAAAACAUUCAAAGAUUCCAGGCCGCCAUUAAGAAGUAUGGAGUGCCGGAGGAAGAAAUUUUCCAGACAGCCGACCUCUUCGAGAGGCGCAACAUUCCACAAGUUACUUUAUGUUUAUACGCAUUGGGAAGAAUUACUCAGAAGCACCCAGAAUGGACUGGACCUCAACUUGGACCCAAGAUGGCAGAAAAGAAUGAACGUACAUUCACCGAAGAGCAAUUGAGGGCACACAACGCUGAACUGAAUCUACAAAUGGGUUACAAUAAAGGCGCUUCACAAGCGGGACUCGGUUCAUUUGGCAACACUCGCCACAUGUAA